CCUCCGGUCCUACCAAGCCCUCCCACAGCACUCGAGUUCCUGCAGCGCUUGCAAACCGGCGCAGCACCUUUUCUGAUAGCUGGUGCUUUGGAUAAUCGGAAACGACUGCAGCACUGGAAGGACAAUGAGUACCUUCGACGCGCCAUGGCAGGUAGAGAGGUAAAGGUAGCCUGCACGCCAGAUGGGAGGGCAGAUGAUAUCAAGACUGGGCCACUUGGGGAUAGAUGGAUCUUUGCACUACCUGAAGAGAGAUCUAUGCCGUUCGGCGACCUCCUUUCCUCCUUCGAAUCAGCUCUUCCCCCUUCCGCCUCCUCCUCAACUCGCAUUCCAAAACAAGUUCUCUAUCUCCAAUCUCAAGACUCCAACCUCAUUACGGGCUCCUCCCUCUCCCCCCUCCUCCCCGACCUCCUCUCCUCCCUCGACGGCUCCUCCUCGCUCAGCUGGGCUUCUCAGGCCUUCAACUCACCACCAGAAGCGACCAACCUCUGGAUCGGCUCCUCUUCCUCGACCUCCUCAAUGCACCGCGACCACUACGAGAAUCUCUUUCACGUCGUUCGCGGAAGGAAGAUAUUCACGCUCUUCCCGCCUACGGAGGCUUACUUUCUCUGCGAGGAUGAGGAGGAGCCUUUUGAAGUGUGGAGACAUGUGAGGGGCACGGAGACAGAGGGGGAGUGGGGAUGGGAGAGGGAGGGGGAGAGUGAAACGCCUUGGAUUCCGAUUGAGCCUGCAUUGCCUGUUGACUGCGAAAGGAAUAGGAGAUGGGGUGGGAAGAGGUACUCAAAGGGCUUGAAGGGACUGAAAGUAGUGGUUGAAGAAGGGAUGACGCUGUUCCUCCCUGCAGGAUGGUACCAUCACGUCGCACAAGAAGCAGACACGCCGAAUGAUGGACAAGCAGGGCUGUGCAUUGCCAUCAAUUGGUGGUAUGAG